CUCUUGGAAGUAUUACUGUUAGUGUGGAACAUCAAGUCGUUUUCUUUUUCUUUCAUAUAUGACGAAUGCCAUUGCUGUUGUAAUGAAAGGCGGGCGUUUCAGGCUUUGCAAGCACGAGAAGCAAUAUAUUUUAAAUUAUACGCCAGCUUCCGCUUCAACCUCAACCUACUCUGCGGUUGAGAAGUGUCCCACCCAGCCAACAGAUUCAUGUAUAUCAUAAUAUUUAUCAUUUGCUUAAGGAGAGGAAGGGAAAUUGGGAAAUUUUGUUCGCGCAUACCUCGGCUUCCGAGGUGAAUGAGAAUUGAUGCUUGAUGAUGCAGAUGCAAAAUGGGUUCUGAGUACAAUCACGAAUCGUUGGAGCAUUUGGAGGUAUGGAGCAACGCGUGGGUGAAGAGAUCGAGUCCCACGCCCAGAAGCAGGCAAGGCUCUCCAAGAAGCCCAUCUCUUUCUCCCUCUUCAUCUUAUUCUCCCUUCAGAGAUGGCAAUGGAAUUUUGCCCUUUGUAAAAACAGGCAGCAGGUUGUCAAACGCCGCCCCUGCGUCCCCAAGGCAUAGUAGUAGGCUGGGAUGGAGGAAUUUCGUGUUCCAGGCGAAGGGAGAUGGGCAGGGGAGAAGGCAGAAGAGAAGGCGUGUGAGAGGGAUCUCCAUUGCGCUCGGAUUGCUGGCUCUCUUCUUUUUGUUGGAUUGGUGGGUGUUAUCCCGUUUGCAACAGGAGGAUGUUAAUUUUCACCGGGAGGACCACAUUCCAAAUAAAUCGAGGUGGUUUGAGGGAGAAUGGAGCAAGUUUGCAAAAGGGAAAAGGCCUCCAAGGGUUAUGUAUGAUAGACUUUUAGCUUUAGCAGCCCAUGCUCUUGCAGAGGGUGAGCACAAUCCUGAACCUCAAGAGUUGUGGGAAGAACCUUUCUUGCAGGCUUCUGCAUGGAAGCCUUGUGCAAAUGAGAGCAACUUAAACCUUACAGAACAUGCAUCUCCAGGAAAAAGCACUGGUUAUAUUUUAGUCAGUGCAAAUGGAGGCCUGAAUCAGCAACGUGUAGCGAUAUGCAAUGCUGUGGCUGUUGCUCGAUUACUAAAUGCAACUUUGGUUCUUCCAAAGUUCCUUUACAGCAGUGUUUGGAAAGAUAGUAGCCAGUUUGGAGAUAUAUAUCAAGAGGAUUAUUUCAUAAAUUAUCUCAAGCCUGAUGUCAAUAUUGUGAAAGAACUUCCUUUGGAGCUGCAGUCAUUGGACAUUGAGGCAAUUGGUAGCCUUGUAACUGACAUGGACAUCAUGAAGGAGGCAAAACCAAGUUUUUAUCUUACGCAUAUUCUUCCUCUUCUUCUGAAAAACAGGGUAGUUCACUUUUUGGGUUUUGGCAACCGUUUGUCCUUUGAUCCAAUACCAUUUGAAUUGCAGAGAUUACGAUGCAGAUGUAAUUUUCAUGCUUUGAAAUUCAUUCCUAAAAUUCAAGAGACUGGGGCAAUGUUGGUUCAGAGGAUGCGUGAACAUGGUCAGAGAUGGGGCCCUUUAGAUCAACAGUUGAUGGGGGAAUCUUUACAUGAUAAACAUGCUAAAGAGGGGAAAGAUAGUUCUCUAAGGUCUACCAAGUAUUUGGCUUUGCAUCUAAGAUUUGAAAUUGAUAUGGCAGCCUAUUCCAUGUGUGAGUUUGGGGGUGAAGAGAUGGAAAGAAAAGAGUUACAAGCGUACAGGGAUAUUCAUUUUCCCACACUAACAAUGUACAAGAAGAGUGUUAAACUACCUUCUGCUGAAGCUUUGAGAUCCAUGGGUAGAUGCCCUUUGACACCAGAAGAAGCCGUUCUUAUGCUUGCUGCAAUUGGUUUCAAACGUGGAACACACAUUUAUCUUGCAGGUGCUCAUAUAUAUGGAGGACAAUCAAGGAUGGUUGCUUUGACUAGCCUAUACCCUAACCUGGUCACUAAAGAAGAUCUCUUGUCGUCAGCGGAAAUACAACCAUUUGCAAAUUAUUCAUCUCAGUUGGCAGCACUUGACUUCAUUGGUUGUGCUGCUGCUGAUGCAUUUGCCAUGACAGACUCGGGCAGCCAGCUUUCAUCUCUAGUGUCUGGUUUUCGAACCUAUUAUGGUGGUGGACGCCUACCGACCAUACGACCCAACAAGAAACGAUUAGCUGGCAUUUUCUCCAAAAACACUACCAUAGAAUGGAAUGAAUUUCAAGAAAGAAUCAGAAAGACUGUUAGAGAAAGUAAAAAGGUGCAGGUUCGUCCAAUUGCAAGGAGCAUUUACAGACACCCUAGGUGUUCCGAAUGCAUGUGCCAGAUGAAUAGUUCCCAAACAUAAGCUUUUGUACAAUAUCACGGUUCUUGUUGAUUUUUCCUCCGGGUGUAGUUAUAGCUCAUGUCGGCUUCCUUCCCUUGAGGGGUUUGGAAAUCCCCUGAAAUAAAAUUUAGGAAUUAAGCAUCAUUCUUUUUGAUUAAUCAAUCUUAUUUUAUGUGCCCAUUCUUAUUCAUUUGAAAUCAAAUGUAUUGGAGAUUUUUUUGUAUUUGUUGCCCAUUGCAUUAUCUGAAGGCUACCUGGUGAAUGGUUUUCGACGGUUGAGUGGGCAGAGAAAUGACGUCAGCUUGUUGCUGAUUUUUUCAUUUCAUUGUAAUAGACAAUUUUUUUGCUAAACACAGCAAAUAUUCAAUGUUUAAUUCUUCCUCUGACAAUUUAUUUGACAGCAAGAGACCUUUUGGUCACUGUAAGAAUUGUUCGUUGAAAAUUUCAGUUGAAGAAGAAAACAAAAAAUUAUCAAGCA